GCGAAGAGUUGUUUUGACUGGUUAUCCUCUUCAAAAUAAUUUGCUUGAAUACUGGUGUAUGGUUGACUUUGUUCGCCCUAAUUACCUUGGUUCUCGGGCAGAGUUUUGCAAUAUGUUUGAACGCCCUAUUUCUAAUGGACAGUGUAUUGAUAGCACACCUCGAGACAGACAGCUUAUGAGAUUUCGUUCACAUGUUCUUCAUAGUUUGCUUGUUGGCUUUGUACAGAGAAGAGGUCACUCAGUUUUAAGAGCUGUUCUUCCUAAAAAAGAAGAGCAUGUGUUGUUAAUAAGGAUGACUCCAAUUCAAAGACAACUCUACAAGUGUUUUGUAAAAGACCUGUUAUAUGUCCAGCAAGCUACUAAUCCGUUAAAAUUGUUUGCUGUCUGUUGUAAAAUAUGGAACCACCCUGAUAUUUUAUACAAGCUGCUUCAAGAGAAGAAAGCUCAAGAGGAUAUUGACUUGGAUAUUGAUAUUACUAUGGCUGCUAAUUCUGCUAUAUCCGGUGCAAACUGUGGGUUAAGGAAAAGAGUUCUUAAUCCAAGUAAGAAACUGGUGCAAAGACCACUGAAAGCUCUUCCUAGAAAUCUUAAACCUCAACCUAUUUUAAGUUCACCAGCUGAUAACAUUAAAUCUGAAACAAUGAAUUAUGAGCAAGGAAAUGUUCAAGCUAACGAGGAUAUGAAGUUCAAUUCACAGGAGAGUUGCAAGGAAGAUUAUGUUAACUCUAACCAAGCUAAUAUGUGUGUUACUCAGAAUGAAUAUUCUCAACAAACUUCUCAGCAAUCUUUUCAAUUACCAUAUUCAAAAAGUUCUACGAGUCAAUCAUUCUGUGCACCAAACUAUCAGACGUCGUCAAAUCAGCAGUAUUCUGGUAAUUCACAAAAUGCUGUACAGUAUGUGCAGCAGCAAAAUACAAGGCACACAACCCAGCAGCAUUUUCAGUCUCAGUCAGUACCUCAGCAACAGUAUUCUCAAACUUCACUUUUGCAAGCACAGUAUGGACAGCAGUCACAAAACCAAUAUCCACAAGGAAAUUCUCAGAACUAUUCUCAAGUAACUUCUCAAAUUCAUAACCAGUUUGGGGUACAGUCAGGUGUUCAACAAGAAUCUAUCAACCAUCCGCACUCACCUCAGUCAACUUAUCAUGGAAAGACUACCCAAUCUUUCUCAUCUCAACCAAAUACUUCUCAAUUUUCUCAACAGAAUGAUAUCCAAAAGCAGUAUCAAAAUUCAUCCCAGCAGCAGUUCUCAAAUCAAUCUACCAAUAAUCAAGAUAUUCUAUUUCCACAAUCACCUUCACAGAAUUCAAGUCCAAAGUUUUCUGUGCAGUCAUCUCAAUAUUCUCAGUCAUCUGUUCCUCAGCAAACCUACAAUUCACAGUCUUCUCAAUCGUAUUCUUCACAGCAGUCAUACUCCUCAACAUCUAAACAGCAUCAGUUCUCUGAGCAAUCAUCAUCUCAGUUUUCUCAAGCAUCUAGUUCUAGACCAAAUGCACACCCACCUGCACAGCAGUCAUAUUCUGUUACUAAUCAACAACCACAGAUUGCUGAUCAAUCAUCUGUUCACCAUUUUUCUUCACAAUCUCCAUUCCAGCAGUCACCCCCACAUUCUCAGUUUUCUCAAUCUCUUACUUCACAGCAGUUUUCACAGCCUUCUCCGCCUUUAGCUUCACAGCAAUUUUCACAGCAAGGUCCCUCAUAUUCCCAGCUUUCACCAUCACAGAAAUCAUCACCUACGGCCUCAUUGUAUUCACAACAGUUCCAACAACAGUCUCCUGAAUAUUCUCAGCAGUCACAGUCUCAGUUUCAACAUAAUUUGCAAUCUUUUUCUCAACAAACAUCUCAGUCUCCGUACUCUCAAACUCAUCAGUCUUUUACUGAAACAGCACAGCCAUAUCCUCAGCAGUCUUCACCUCAAAAGCAAUUUUCUCAGCAAUCUUUUCCUCAGUCAUAUAUGCUAUCUGGGCAGCAGUACACCCAGCCAUCAUCACCUCAGCAGUUUUCGCAACAGAGUUUUUCUAAUUCUCAGCCGCAAUUUACUCAUCAAUCUCUGCAAGCGCCAAAAUUCUCUAAUAAACAAGGACAGCAAGGUUCUGUAGGGCAUAUGCAGUUUUCUCAACAGUCACCUCAACCAGGUGGUCAGAAGCAAGUCUGUCACUCUCCAACACAUGUGGAAAAUAAACAACAAAAUUUCAACCAACAACAGACAUUUUCUUCUCAGCCUUCUCCUGAAUCUCAGUAUUCUCAGUCUUUUCCUCAACAAAUCACUUCUCCACAUCAAUAUUCCCAGCAGGUUUCUAAUACAUCCCUGUUCACUCAACAAACAAACAAAUCAGCUCAGCCAUAUAGUCAGCAUUCAUCCCAACAGUUCUCCCAGCAAUCCACUCAAUCUGCUCAGCAGUAUAAUCAUAAAGCUGCAUCAUCUCAGCAGUAUAACCAACAAAUAAAUCAAUCUUCUCAGUUCUCACAGCAGGGUACAUCACAAUUUACUCAGCCAGUAUCUGCACAACAGUAUUCUCCACAGUCUUCAAAAUCCCAGCAGUUCAAUCAAUCUUCUCAAAACCAGCUUUUCCCUCAGCCCUCUUCAAAAACUCAGUUUUCUCAGCAAACUUCUCAAGUUCAAAAGUCAUUUUCACAGCAGUUGUCACAAGCUUCCUCUUCAUGUUCACAGAAUAGUCCGAAUGUUUCUCAGUUUCCUCAGCAAGUUUUAUCAGCAUUUACACAACAGCCAUCUCAGUUAUCUCAGCAAUAUUCUGUGCAAGUACCUCAGUCAUCUCAGUAUUCACAGCAGCCUGCUCACUCACCCCAGCAGUUUUCUCAAGCUACACCUCAGUCUCCUCAACAGUACAUCCAACAAUCUGCUCAGUCCCCACAGCAGUAUUCUCAGGCAGCUGCAUCAUCACAACAGUAUAAUCAGCAGUCAUCUCAAUCUACACAAUCAUAUGUGCAACAGGUGCAAACACCACAUUAUGGAUCACAGACUGCACAUUCUCCUCAACAAUUUCCUCAACAAACUCCUCAACCAUCUCAAGAUUUUAGUCAACAGCCAAAUCAGUCCUCUCAAUUUAGCCAACAACCAAACCAGCCUUCACAGCAGUUUAACCAACAGUCAAGCCAGUCUUCACAGCAGUUUAACCAGCAGUCAAGCCAGUCUUCACAGCAGUUUAACCAGCAGUCAAGCCAGUCAUCACAGCAGUUUAACCAGCAGCCAAACCAAUCAUCACAGCAAUUUAACCAACAGUCAAACCAGUCUUCACAACAGUUCAACCAACAGGCAAAUCAGUCUCCUCAGUUUAAUCAACAAGCAAACCAGCCAUCACAGUCCUUUAAUCAACAGGCUUCACAGUUCAGUCAAUCUGCAACUCAGUCUUCCCAAUUUAAUCAGCAAACAAGCUCAUCUCCUCCACAAUUUAAUAAACAAGCUGAGAUGUAUAAUCAUCAGCCAGUUCAGUCAUCCCAGUCAUACAAGCAACAAAUUCAACCUUCUCAACAGUUUAAUGGAACUUCUGGUCAAUCAUCUCAACAAUAUAAUCAAAACAACUUAACUUCUCAGCAAUAUAAUCAGCAAUCUACCCAAUCUUCACAAACAUAUACUCAGAAACCACUUCAAUCAUCUCAGCAGUAUUCUCAAAGGUCUACACAGUCUCCUCACCAGUAUUCUCAACAACAGUGUGCAACAACUCAGCAGUAUUCCCAGCAAACUUCCCAGUCAUCUCAGCAGUUUCCUCAACAAACUGUUCCAUCUCCACAACAGUUCACACAGACAGUGCAAUCUCCUCAACAGUUCUCUCAACAGACUGCACCAAGUCCACAACAGUUUCCUCAACAGUCAUCGCAUUCUCCCCAGCAGUUUACUCAGCCUGCACAGUCUCCUCAGCAAUUUACCCAGCAACCUGCACAAUCUCCUCAGCAAUUCAUGCAGCAACCAGUGCCAUCUCCACAACAAUUUUCUCAACAAGAACAGUUCCCUCAGCAAACAACUCCUCCUCAGCAGUUCUCUCAACCAGCAACUCCUUCUCCUUCUCAGCAGUUUCCACAACAGCCAGCACCAUCUCCUCAGCAGUUUUCUCAACCUGCACCAUCUCCCCAACAGUUCUCUCAGCAACCAGCACCAUCUCCUCAACAGUUCUCUCAACAACCAGCUCCAUCUCCUCAGCAGUUCUCUCAACAACCAGCACCUUCUCCUCAGCAAUUCUCUCAGCAACCGACACCUUCUCCUCAACAAUUUUCUCAGAAUGUGUGUUCACCUCAGCAGUAUUCCCAAUCCCAGCAAAACUCUCAAUCUCAGCAGUAUUCGCAGUCACAGCAAAAUUCUCAGUCGCAACAGUAUCCACAAGUGACACCACAGCAGUUUACCCAGCAACCUCAGACCUCAUCAUCUCAAUCUUAUUCUCAGUUAACAAGUCAACAGCAAUUCAAGCAACAGUCAUUACGAUCUGGGCAGUCUCCGCAGUAUACAACUCAACAACAAUGUUUGUCGAGUGUACAAUCACAGCAGUUUUCAAGUUCCUUCUCACAAACUUCAAACCAAACAACAGUAAAAGGAGCAUUUCAACCAGACUUUCAAAAUCAGAUGCAGCCUGGUGUUUCAGUGUCAACUUCCCAGGGACUAACAAUUCAACCUGUAAAUCAACUUCAAAACAAGCAAAUUUCAAGAGGAGGGAAAACAAAGCAACUGCGAUCAAAAUCACUUUGUCAACCCUUACUACCUCAGACAAAUGCUCAGCAUCCUGUGAAACAACCACCAUCAUUUUCUGUUCAAGCUUUUCAGAAUGGUAGCCCGGUAUCUAAUAAUUCCUCUCUACAUCCCCUUGGCCAACAGACCGUUAAACACUUGCAAGCUAGUGGGAAUUCAUCAUUUCAGCCUCUUAAUGCAUCUAUUGCUAAUCAAGAAAAUUUUACUCUUCAGCAUAUUAAGCAAGAUUCAACUGAAAUAUAUCCUGCGAAGUGCCCCAAAGCUGUGUUACAACCUGUAAAACCACAAAUGUUGAGUCCAGACUCUGUUGCCAUUCAACCAACACAACAACUGCAGCAAAAUCAAAUGAAAUCUGAAGCAUGCCAGUUGGAAAGUGAAGGUCUUAAUAAUUCUAAUGCAGCUGAAAAUGCAGUUUUGCCCUUUCGUGAUAGAAUGGAUUCUUCUAUUAGUUAUGAGUGGGAUAAUGCUAGACUCCAUGCAGCUUGUGUAUCUCUGGACUGUCCUGGUGCUAUUUAUACUCUUCUUUGGUCACCAGACCUUUCUCUAUUUGAACAUGCGUGGGAUGUGGCUGUCCCUAUAAUGAAGGACUAUGUACUUGGUGUCCUGGAGAACAGCCAUAAAAUGAUGGUUCUUUUUGUAAUAAUUGCUGAAACUCUGCAUAUGGGUGAUAAAUUAUUAGUAUUCAGUCAAUCGUUGUCAACCCUUGAUCUUCUUGAACAUUUUUUAAGUAAAAUACAAGUUCCCAGAAGACCAGACCAAUCAGAACCUGUAGUUAAUGAAACUUGGUGUCGUAAUAAAAAUUAUUUCCGUUUAGAUGGAAGUACUUCGGCUCAAGAGCGAGAGAAGCUAAUAAAUGAAUUCAAUCGGAAUGAUAAUGUUUCACUUUUUUUACUUUCAACAAGAGCUGGUUGCCUUGGCAUUAAUUUGGUGGGUGCCAACCGUAUAGUAGUAAUGGAUGCUUCAUGGAAUCCUUGUCAUGAUGCACAGGCUGUUUGUCGUAUUUAUCGCUAUGGGCAAAAGAAACAGUGCCAUAUUUACAGAUUAGUUACAGACAACAGUUUGGAAAAGCGAAUAUAUGAUCGACAAGUUAAUAAGCAAGGCAUGUCAGAUAGAGUUGUUGAUGAACUGAAUCCUGAGAGUAAUUUCACUUGGAAGGAUGUAACAACACUUAUUCAAGAUGAUGAAGAUGAUAGUCCAGUACAAGAACUUUCUAAAUUUGCAUCCUCUUACUCUGACAAAGUUCUUAAGUACCUAGUGUCUGAAAUGAGCCCAAGCUUGAGUAAAGAGCCUUUUGAGCAUGAAUCUCUCUUAUUAGACCGCAAAGAUUUGAAAUUAACGAAACAAGAAAAAAGACUUGCAAAACAAAGUUAUGAAAUGGCAAAAAGAGCAAAUAUGAUUAACAUACGGACAACAUAUACAUACCUUCCUGCAGGAACUGCUGGUGGUGGACAGUUCAUCAUCAACAACAAGCAAUGUCAGUGGGUUGGUGGCACAACAAUUAGAGUCUUACCCAAUCAAGUUGCUUCAGGAGGAACUAAUGUUCGUUCAGGAACCACUGCUACACCAAUUACAGCCUCUCCUUCACUUAUGAGUAGUUUGUUUAAACAAGGUGUUAUGGUUCAAAAACUAACGAUGCCUUCAAAUGUCAGUAUACCUGUGCUUACACCUGGUGCACCACCUGUUGUCAUACCAGCGGGACAAGAUGUUCUUGUUCUUAGAACACCAAAAGGUGUCUAUCUCCGGUUACCUGAUGGUCGCAUCAUUGCUGUUCAGUUACCACCAAGUCUUUUGGCUAAAACACAGUUUCGACCAAAUGUUGUGACACAUUUCAGACCUGCAACUCCCAAAGGUGGUAAUCAGUCAACUACAGUGAUAAACACUCCUAGAGGUCAAAGCAUUGGGAUCAUAAAGCAGACCUUGCAGUGUGGGGGGACAGUUCGUUACUUAGGACCUAGAAGUGCUGCUGGCAGCUCAUCCCAGACUACUGCUCGAAGUUCUGCACCUGAAGUUAUAGACCUUAGUGAUGAUGAUGAGCCAUCCAUUAGAAAAAAUACUGGUAACUCAAAUACCUCUGCAAAUUCAUCUGAAAGUGAAUCAGGUUGCGGUGAUAUGGAAAAACUUGAAAAUUCUCAAUCACCUAUAAUUUUACCUGGAAAACAAAUAACUAUACGAAAAUUAUCUCCAGCUGUUCAGCAAAAUUCAGUUCAGCUGCCUAGCUCCAAAGAUAAAUGUGAACUUCCUCAGGUACUUACAAAAAACAAACAAAUUACAAUACUGCCAAUUAAUCCUACAAAUCAACAAAACAGACAAAAGUUUGCACCACAGCUGGCACAGCCAGUUAGAGUUCAGCAGAUGUUACUUCAGCCUCAACAAGGAAAACGAAAACCUGUACAAAAAAAUUCUUCAAAGAUUCAGAUGACUCCUUUGCUGGCUGGAAAAAAUAUUCGACCUCAGAUCACUAUUACCCAGCCAACAUCCACCCAUUCAAAUGUGCAUUCUCAAAAAUUGCACCAUCUAAUUCACAAUGCACCCAAAACUAAUGAUAUUUUAGAAAAUAUUGUAAAUGAAGUAAGUGCAUCAUCUCCCACUAAACAAACUUCAGAUUCUCCUAGUAUGCAAAUUACUGAUAGAAAUCAGGCUUCAACUACUGCCACUCAUUUACAGAUGCAAAAUGUACAGCAGAAUCUUCAAAACUGUAAAAAUGUUUCAACAUCACUAUCUGAAUCUGUGAAAACUCAUACUGUUUCUCUCCCUAAAUCUCUAGCAUCACUUACAAACACAUUAAACCCAAAUCUUCAGAUAUCUUCGCAUGAUCCAGAACAAUCAACAGUGCCAGAUUUAUUGCCUCAAAAGUCACUUUUUCAUCAAAAUUCUGCUCUUCAGGGUGUUCCAUCUAUAUCCAGUCUUCAGACUCAGAUUUCACAUAAUACAGUUCAGCCAUCGAGAUCUGUAUCAAAAUCACCUCAACUUUCUAAAACUGAAUCACCGGUUUCACAGAUGAAUGUACAAAUAGCCUCCAAUAUGAAAUCAUCUACACAGCCACAAACUAAAUUUUCGGUAUCACAGACAACAUCUCCAUCUCAAGCUGCCACUCAACAUCUUCAUAAUUCUGUUCAGUCUUCUUUUCAACAAACAAUGGUAUCUCAGUCAAAUGUUCACCAUACGCAACAAAAACAGCAUAGUGAGCAAUCUGUGUCAUUUUCUUCACAUCUGCAUUCUUCAAGCCCAAGGCUAUCUUUGUCCUCAUCACAUCAACCUCAAAAUGCAUCACAAAACCAGCAUAAUGCUCCUCGGAAGAGAAAAUCUGUCAAUAAACAACCAUCAAAAAAGUCUCAGCAUCAGCUUUCACUAAUGACACAGAAUAGUGCAUUACAGCCUCAAGCAGCAGAAGCUGCACAGCAAUUUCUUCAAUCUCAGUUAUCUGAUCAUCAUUUGUCUGAAAAUCAUUUCCCUAACUUUUCACAUCAUAUGUCUAAUUCUGAUUUUCAGGCAUUUUCUAAUUUUUCGUCACACAAGCAGGUUUCUCAUAUACAACAUCCUCAACCCUUGCAUCCACUACAACAUAGUCAAGAACAUUCACUUCCAGCUCACUUGCAGCAUAUGUCUCAUUUGUAUCCUAUGCUUCCACAUUCUACUGGAAGUCCAUCUUUACCAGAUAUACAGCCUCCUGCUCCAAGAGCUUGGCCAGUACCACAGCCGUCAGUGUCUUCAUUACAUCCAUAUAGUCAGUCUUCCCCGUACUAUAGUUCUGGUCAAGAGAGUAGUCAGUUUUCAUUUCAGCCAUCAUCAUUUCCUUUACCUCCAUCAUCUGUUCCAUCUAACUUAAUUCAGUCAGACUGUAAUGUUGCUGCAUCUGAAGGAGAUAAAUCCUCCAGAAUCAACUCAUCUGAUUUGUGACUUUUGUCAGUUUUUAACUGCCACCAGAAAAGAAACAGAGCUUCAUCAGAUUAUUUGGCACAAGAUGUUGAAAGCUGGCACACUUCUGGUUUGUGUGUUUGCGUGUGAUAUUAUGAUGGCAUUUUAUGCAUCAGCUGGAAGUUAAUGAUUUAAAAGACUUAACAGUGGAUGAUUUGCCGAGAGUGAGGUUUUCAUCAGUGAAAAUUAAGGGAGGAAUCUUUUAUGGCUUUUAUAAAAGAAACAUAAUAUUAAAAUUGCUGUAAACGGGUUGACCACAUUCACUUUUCAAUAAUGCCGCAGUGAUGGACAGUGUUGUGUAAAAUGUGGUAACGUAGUAACUGUUUAUCACCAUUGCUAAUGUAUUUUAUCAUUGUGACGUAUGUCAAGGUAUGUGCAUAACAUCUAUCUUAGAGUAGAUUUCUAAUCUCAUAAUUGUUGUUUGUCUUCUUUUUGCCAUCCAAAGGCUUCAGGAUUAAUUUCUGCUUAUUAAAGUACAUGUUUUUUAAUUUAAAAAUAAAUUGAAAUUUAAAAUUUGUUACAGUCAAAAUGUAACCUUCUGAGCAGCAUGGCUUCUGUGAUCUGCUUAUGAAGAGCUGCACUUAGUGAGCAUUUAUAAGGUAGAUUGUAUAAUUAUUUAUUUUACUCUAUUUUACAUCCUUCUGUUCUUUAGAAUGAUAGAUCAUAAAUGAAAAUUAGAAAAAAUAUUUUAUAUGACAAAAUAAUAUGUAUUAGGUGACAACAGAUCACUGAAUCGUGCCACUCAGAUGGUAAACAUUGGUUUGAAAUUUUAAUUUAUCAUGCUUGUAUUAACCUAAUUUUAAGUUUUAUUUGUAAUAUGCUGCCAUCAUCAUUUUGAUUUCAUCUGUUAAGUGAAUUAAAUUUUGAGGGAAGCCCAUAUGUUUCAAAAUUUAAAUUUAAAUUAUUUUUUUAUAUUUGAAUAAGGUUUCAGAAUUAAUCAAGUUUAAAUUUUGUUCUAUUUCAACACGUUACAUGUUUUAACUGUUUCUCUUUAUUAAAAGUUGUAAAAGUUAUAAAUGAAUUUUACUUUAUAGUGUUUCAGGUAUUGCAUUUGGGAGGAAGGGAGUUGACGUUUUGCACAGUUGAAAAGUUUAGAUUUUAGAACUUCUAAUUAGAAUGAAUUUUUGACAUGCUUAAAAUAUCAUAUUUACAUGGGUAUUAUCUCCUUUUUAUACUAAUUUUAUUAUACAAAAAAAAAAAAAGUGAAACAUUUUUCUGAAGUGUUGAUAGAUAAACUAUAAGUAACUAUCCCAGUAUUAUUUGCUUAAAAGAAGCCUACAUAGCAAUGUCAACGUCACAGUAUCUAACAAGAUACCUUCAUUUCUGUUUCCAUGUAUCUUGAAUCUUGUUCACUCUUAUGUUGUUCACUGCUAAUCACUAGGCCUCAGAAAAUAUUUAGUUCUGCUGAGCCUAAUCUCUUAGUUGUUUACUAAAGUUUGCAAGUUGUCACCAUUAUCUUUGUUUUCAUUACCAUUCAUUAUCUUCCCAUGUGUAAUGAUCUUCAGAACUAUGAAAAGUAUUAGAUAUCCCUGUUUUUUUUAUGCUAUUUACUAUUAUUGCUCCAUCAGUCAUAGCCCAUGCAUCCGCAAGAAAAUCAAAGCAAUGGAAGAUCUCUGGAUUUUUUCCAGUUCUAGUAAAGGUGUGUCGAUGACAUUUACUCAUUAUCAAAUUUUAGGAUGUAGUCUUUGAAUGAUUUAUUCACUGUUUAUUGAUCUCCAAUGAUCGCAGAAGUGAUGAAGUUCCUCCUAGAAUGUUGACAGGAAUAGUGUUUGUUCUGCUCAUUUAUUUUUCUACACCUUCCAUGAGAUGAUUACUUCAGCUAUCCAACAGUAAUCAUAAUUUAAUACAAGAGCAUCUGACCACUGUGUUAUGUCAAUAUAAUUUUUAGCCAUUUUAUCAUCAAGCCGGAUAGUAUCAGCUUUUCUCGUGUACCAUACUUAGGAGUACCACUAAAGAGUUUUUAUUUUGGCAACAUCUUCAGUUUAAAGACUCCUUUGUUAGUUUUUAAAUCCUUUUUUUAUAUUUAUAGAACUUGCUUUCUGAUUGCCUUGAGUAAAGGAAAAAUUAGAUGAUUUUUUUUUUUUUUUUUUUUUUUUUUUUUUUAAUUUUACUUUA